CCGCGCGUUGUGAAAGCGCGUGUCUCCAUCGCGUGUUCGAAAUUUAAAUAAACUUUUUUCUUUUCGUGCCAAAACCAAUUUAAGGACACUUUUUUCCAAAAUGACUUGUCCAAUGAGAUCCGCAAUCGAGGAGAUCGGUCAAGAUGGAGAGCAACUUGGCAACGAAGCGGGAAUGCUGUACGGAGAAUACCUGAUGCUGGACAAACUUCUAACGGCGCAGCGAAUGCUAAGUGCUGAGACCAGCAAGCCAGUGCAUGAUGAGCACCUUUUCAUUGUAACUCAUCAGGCAUAUGAAUUGUGGUUCAAGCAGAUAAUCUUUGAAGUCGACUCGGUGCGCGCGCUGCUCGAUGUAGAAGGUCUGGACGAAGGACAUACCAUGGAGAUCCUGAAGAGACUCAACAGGGUUGUACUUAUCCUUAAACUAUUGGUGGAUCAAGUAAUGAUCUUAGAGACGAUGACUCCUCUGGACUUCAUGGACUUCAGAAACUAUCUCCGCCCUGCAUCUGGCUUUCAGAGUCUUCAAUUUCGUCUUUUAGAAAAUAAGUUGGGAUUGAAACAAGCCCUACGAGUAAAAUACAACCAGAAUUACCAGACCGUAUUCGGCGACGACCCAGCGGCCAUGGCCGAUUUGCACAGUUCAGAAGAACAACCGGCUCUACUAGCCUUAAUCGAGCGGUGGUUGGAACGGACCCCAGGUCUCAACGAACACGGCUUCAACUUCUGGGGCAAGUUCCAAGCAGCUGUUAAUAAAAUGAUCAAGGAAGACAUAGAACUUGCUAUGCAAGAACCCCACGAAGGAGUGCGUCGUCACCGAUUGCAGGACGCCGAGAAUCGUCGGGAAACUUACCGGUCCAUCUUCGACCCUGCUGUCCAUGAUGCAUUGCGGUCUCGCGGAGAGAGAAGGCUGUCCCACAAAGCUCUGCAAGGUGCCAUCAUGAUCACGUUCUACCGUGACGAACCUCGUUUCUCGCAGCCUCAUCAAUUGUUAACACUGCUCAUGGACAUGGACAGUCUCAUCACUAAAUGGCGUUAUAACCACGUAAUCAUGGUGCAGCGUAUGAUCGGUUCGCAACAAUUGGGCACAGGCGGCUCUUCCGGAUACCAUUACUUGCGAUCUACCCUCAGUGACCGUUACAAAGUUUUCCUGGACCUCUUCAAUCUAUCGACCUUCCUACUGCCAAGGUCGUUGAUUCCCCCACUUGAUGACAACAUGAAGAGAAGUCUCAACUUGGCCUGGGGGGAAACAAGAGAGAACGGCAAUGACAAAAACAGCAAACUCAACGGCAAUGAUCCGGAAACUUCCUUAUAGGACGAUAUUCUAAUUACGAGAAUACGGGAAUAUAAAAAAAAACUAAUUUCUCUCGAACCCAUACCAAGGACUCGAAGUUAAUGUCAGUCUUUAGUCAGGUUAUCAAUAAUUUUAUCUGUUAAAAGUUAUCUUAAAAUAUUGAAUAUCCUGAAACACCUGGGUGAAGGUUGCAGGAAUCCAGUGGAUGCAAGCAGCACAAGAUCGGUUUUUGUGGCGUUCUUUGGCGGAGGCCUAUGUCCAACUGGGGACAUCCCCAGUUCGAAAUAGGUUGGCCAGAGGUAUAAAUUAGAACUUUUUCCUCCAAAACCUGUCUACUACUACUAUGUUAGGGAAUAAAAUUUCAUUACCACAUAAUUAUAAUUACAAAGAACUCAUAGCUUAAUUUCAUUAUCUAUCCAACCAAUUCAAUAUUUAAAAAUAUUUUUUUAUAUUUACGUAAGAUUGACGUACAUCCACAGUUGAAAUAUUCGUCAAAAUUCAAGUCAAGCGGCAAAAUUUCCAACGAUGUUGUAUGCAGGCGUAUAGCUUACCAUCAGGCGCACGACUUGUUCGUGCCGUCACUUGAUAUGAUAAAAAAAAUUAAAAGAUACAAACAUAAUUGUCUUGUGACAAAUGCAAAAUG